GCAGAAGGUUAGUGUUAAGCCAGUGUCAGUACCUCCGUCUCAGCAUUAAAAACAGAGCCCCAUGUGCUAACCUGAGACAGUUUACUGCCAAAGGUAAGCUGGAGCAGGAUGAUGCAGCAGACAGUGGGUCAGGGGAUAGGGAUUACAUAAUGGAUCCAAGAGGAUUUGCCAGUGGUGGCAACCACAGCUCCUGCACCUACCUAGUUGUUAGAUCAGCAAAACCCCUGCACAGUGUCUCUACUGCAUGAGAGCUUGCUUUGUAAUGCCCAUUCUUUGAGAGAGCUUCCCUAGGUCUUUUUCCUUCUGUGGCUUUCCCAUCUCAUUACACACAUCAUCUGAAAACUUCUCAGGCCCAUAGGUGAGUCUUGGUCUUUAACUCUCCCAUGCACUUGGGCCUCAUUUCACAUACAAGACACCACAACAGGGAAGCCAACCCAAAUUCUCAAUACUUGGUUAAGCCAAUGCCCACUCCCCAGCCUGAAUGCUCUUUAGCCUGAAUAUGGCCACUUUCGGUAUGACAGUCGAUGCCAGCCCAUCCAAGAAAGAAUUCUCUUUGAUCACUGUUUAGAAAAGGAAGGGUAACAAGCCUGGACUCGCCCAGAUUAACACAAAUACCUAGGCCAACAUGAGCCACUCAACCGUGGUAAGGGAGCUAGAGAAAACAGUUGCUUUUGUGUGGAUGAAUAGCUGCCAAAUAUGGAAGGGAAGAAACACGCUAUUGUUUGAGUGGCCGUCAGCGAGCCUGCUCCCAGACUAGUUGGAAAGAAAAACACUGCAGAUAAACAUUCAUGACAACUACCCCUAGACAGUAUCGUUGCCAACAAGACUGUUCAACCCUGCGAGGCACAGCACUCAGCGCUCCUGCAGAAACAACACUCAGGACUUGUUGCAAGUAACAGGUUAGCGAAGUACCGUUAAAUUUUGGACAAGAUUCUGGAAACGUGAGUCAGCUGUGAUAUAGGUCCCCCACAGGGGGAAACUAAAGGCUCUCCUGAAAGUCCCCAUGUGGGAGACUGACUCCUCACAGACACCAGCUAAGAUUUCUCCACCUGUCCGGUUUUCAAGGCAAUGCUUCUCAGCACCCAGAGCUGUGGGUCCUGUCUCACUUCAGACACUUACCUAGCCAAACUCCUGGAGGGAGUCAGCAGCCUCCGGUCCCAGAAUGCGCUCUGCGACGUCACGCUGGAGGCAGAUGGAGUUCGUUUUCCAGCGCACAAGAUCAUUUUGGCUUCAGCCAGCAAUUACUGCAAGAUUUUGUUUGUUGGAAAUGCAGCAAGAGCUGGGAACACAGAUGCGAACAUCCAGCUGAAAGCCAUCAGUGCCAGGGGGCUCAGGAAUGUUCUCAAUUUCAUUUACUCCAACACGCUGGAUCUCUCGCUACAGAACAUUGAAGAGACGUUCAAGGCAGCAGAAGCCCUGCUUAUCCGGGAAGUGAUCAAACUGUGUUUCCGGUUUCUGGAAGACUGCUUGAAUCACAAGAACUGCUUGGAUGUUCUCAGUAUUGCUAAGAGGCUUGGACCAGAAGAGUUGAGGCAGAAAGCCACACGCUACAUAGGGCAGCACUACAAGCAGAUACUGGCUGAUCCUCGACAUGUGAAAGAGCUGGACAGAGCAACGCUAUGUGAAAUCUUAGACAAGACAGACGUGGAGGGGUGCACUGAGCUGGAGCUAUUCAAUGCCGCCAUAUGCUGGUUGCAGCACAACAAUGCAAGGAUGAAAGAAGCAGCAGAUAUUUUAAGGAGAAUCCGACUGCCUCUCAUUCCUCUGCGGGAUCUACAAAGAUACGUACAAGGGAUGCCCAUUAUGAGGACGAAUUCCAACUGCCACAAGUACCUCCAGCAGGCCGUGUGCUACCACUCCCAACUCUAUGCCCAGCCAGUCCUGCAGACCCAGCACACGAACAUCCGCUCCAGUGCCAGCAGCCUGCUUGUGGUUGGGGGCAGAACCCUCGAAAACAGCGUGCGCAGUGACAUGUGGGCUACAGACGCAAGCUUCAGCACAUGGCAAAAGAUCGGGGAACUCUGCACACCCGUAUACAACCACUGUGUAGCUGUACUCGGUAAUUUCCUCUUUGUCAUCGGGGGCCAGUACAGAUUCGAUCCGACGGGGAAACAUCCUUCAAAUGAGGUGUUCCGGUUUGAUCCCCGUAAUGCUUCGUGGCUGCAGGUGGCUGGCAUGUUAGAGAGGCGGACGCGCUUCCACGUAGAUGCGAUGUCUGAUCACAUCCUGGCCGUGGGUGGCGGGACACUACUGGGGAGCCUCACCAACACGAUGGAAUCCUACCAGCCUGCUGAGAACAAGUGGCAGUUUAUGGCUCCCUGCCCAAUGCCACUGGCUGACCACGCAGGCACCACACACAAAGGAAUCCUCUACAUCUCAGGGGGAUUUUCUGGUGGUAAAGCCUUGCGAGAUACACACAGCUACCUCCCUCGCCUGCGACGCUGGGUGAGUAACCGGGCUAUGACCUUUGCCCGAUGCGAACAUGGAAUGGCCACAGUCAAAGACAGAAUCUUCUGUAUUGGAGGCAGGACUCUGAAUGCUGCAGAGGAAUGGAUUCAUGUCAAUGAGACUGAGUGUUACUGUCCAGGCACCGACCAGUGGACCACGCUAACUCUCUCACGUUUCGACUGCUGCCAGUUCAGCAUCACUGUACACCAGUCUAGACUCUAUAUCACAGGGGGAGGAUCGUUGCGACACAUGAGUAAAGAGGAUGGCAUUUUUGUGUAUGAUCCUGAGGGAAGGAUCUGGAAGAAAGCUGGCUCUCUGCCUAACCCUUUGGUUGACCAUGCUUCCUGCAUGAUUACACUGUCACAUGAGACUAUAGCCAACCAGCAGGAGAGAGGAGAAGAGUGCUCACUCAGCAGCGGGAGGAAGAAAUCCACUCUCAACUUGUUCAUCACUAACAAACAAGAGCCCCAAUCAGUGUCUUAAUGGGAGCAGGAAGUGGAUGCGCAAGGUAGCUGCUCCAUGGAAACCCACUCAGUAUUGUAACAGUUCUGCUCCAUUCUCUGGCAAAAUACCAUAACCUGGAAUUUAGGAGCAGUGCCUUCUUGGAUUAACCUCAAUAUGUCCCUGUGCACUGCCAGAGUGGCAGAGAGAGCAGAACAAGCAGGGAAGGGAAUCAGUCCCCCACUCCCAGUGCACCAGUCUGAACCCCAGGCUUCUUUUAAAAAUAAAAAACUACUGACA